GCUAAAUCUCUCUUGACGGAGAAGAAGAAGAUUUCGUCCAAUCACAUGCUUGGCUCAGCGCUAACCGGAAGAGGUUUACAUGUAAUUCAGAUUGAGAAACUGCAGAAAGGAUGUCCUGUAACACCAGUGUAACACGUGUUCAACUUGGGUCGUCAGUGAGCCAGGUACCAAGGGUUUCUGUCCACCUGAUGCCAUGUGAGAUUGAACACAACGGGCCGGCCAAGGUCUCACAAUACUUCACUGCUACCACAAAAGACUGCAAACAAGAGAAGACAGUGUCAUUCAGAGGACGAGCAUUGAAGGGGCAGGAGCUCAGCUGUCCAACAGGCUACACUGGCUUGGUGCUGAAAGAAGUCAACAAACCCGGCUCUGACCAAGAGGACAGGACAGUAAAGUUAUCCUCAGUGUUUGACAAACUGACCUACUGGAACCUGGAGACACCUCCAAACUCUGAUGACACGGUUGUAAUGGCAAUGGAUUGGCCAGAGUUGGCUGAGGCGAUCCAUGGGCCAGUGGAGGACUGAAGAGAGGACAGAACAUACUGUCUAGAGGAGGCCCGGUGCACCACCUCAGCAUGUACAGUUUUUCUGAUAACUGGAUACAGUGUGUGAGGAGACUUAAGAAUAAACCCUGUGUUGUUGUAGUGUGAUAACAGAUUCAAUGUUUAUAUUUUUAUAUGUGUUUUGUAGUGAAAUAAAGAAAAAUGAAAAUGUG